CACAUCGCACCACUCUCUGCUGUUCAUGGAAAUGAGCUCAGCAUGAUCUGUGUGUACUUUCAUCCCAAGUGAAGAUGUCAAGGUAAACCCGGACCCGGUCUACUACACACAGCGUCUGGAUCUGCAGAGGAGGAAGGAUUGCGUGCCAAUUCUUCACACAGGUGGUAGCAGCCUGUACUCGCCCCCCGCCCACCACCAUGGCCCAGCCGGACCCUCCUCCCAACGCCCGCAAGAAGCCGGUCCUGGGCGGUCUGCCCUCCCGCUUCGUGGUGGGCUCGGUGUCGGAGGAGAACUCUGAGGACGAGGCGGCGGGCCGGCCCGACGGGACCCAGGAGGGCAAGGAGACGCCGCGCUCCGCCUCCCCGGCCUCCUCCCUGGGCUCCGACAGCACCUACGAGACGGGCUUCGACAGCAGCGACGGCGCCCCCAACAACCUCAGACCCAGCAUGUCGGGUCUCCACCUGGUGAAGCAGGGCCGGGACCGCAGGAGGAUCGACCUCCAGAGGGACUUCACGGUGGCCUCGCCCGCCGAGUUCGUCACGCGCUUCGGGGGGAACAAGGUCAUCGAGAAGGUUCUCAUCGCCAACAACGGUAUCGCCGCGGUCAAGUGCAUGCGGUCGAUCCGGCGCUGGUCCUACGAGAUGUUCCGCAACGAGCGAGCCAUCCGCUUCGUCGUCAUGGUGACUCCGGAGGACCUGAAGGCCAACGCAGAGUACAUAAAGAUCGCAGACCAUUACGUCCCGGUGCCCGGAGGGACGAACAACAACAACUACGCCAACGUAGAGCUCAUCCUGGACAUCGCCAAGCGCAUCCCCGUCCAGGCCGUGUGGGCCGGCUGGGGUCACGCGUCGGAGAACCCCAAACUACCCGAGCUGCUGCACAAGAACGGCAUCGCCUUCAUGGGUCCGCCCAGUCAGGCCAUGUGGGCGCUGGGAGACAAGAUCGCCUCGUCCAUCGUAGCGCAGACGGCGGGCAUCCCCACGCUGCCCUGGAGCGGCUCAGGGCUGACGGUGGAGUGGACGGAGGCUGAGCAGAAGAAGAAGCUCAUCAACGUGCCCUCAGACGUGUACGAGCAGGGCUGCAUCCCCGACGUGGAGGCCGGCCUAGAGGCUGCCGAGGUGGUGGGCUACCCUGUGAUGGUGAAGGCCUCCGAGGGCGGCGGAGGGAAGGGCAUCCGCAAGGUCAACUGCGCCGACGACUUCCCCAACCUCUUCAGACAGGUCCAGGCGGAGGUCCCCGGCUCGCCCAUCUUCGUGAUGCAGCUGGCGAAGCACGCGCGCCACCUGGAGGUGCAGAUCCUGGCCGACCAGUACGGGAACGCCAUCUCCCUGUUCGGGAGGGACUGCUCUGUGCAGCGGCGCCACCAGAAGAUCAUCGAGGAGGCACCCGCCACCAUCGCCACCAGCGACGUCUUCGAGGACAUGGAGAAGUGUGCGGUGAAGCUGGCCAAGAUGGUGGGCUACGUGAGCGCAGGCACGGUGGAGUACCUCUACGGGAAGGACGGCAGCUUCUACUUCCUGGAGCUGAACCCCCGACUGCAGGUGGAGCACCCCUGUACGGAGAUGGUGGCCGAUGUCAACCUGCCCGCCGCACAGCUGCAGAUCGCCAUGGGGAUCCCCCUCCACCGCAUGAAGGACAUCCGGAUGCUGUACGGGGUCCAUCCGUGGGGGGACUGCCUCAUCGACUUCGAGGGGCUGUCCACCGCCCCCUCCCCCCGCGGUCAUGUGAUCGCCGCUCGCAUCACCAGCGAAAACCCCGACGAGGGCUUCAAGCCCAGCUCGGGCACGGUGCAGGAGCUGAACUUCCGCAGCAACAAGAACGUGUGGGGCUACUUCAGUGUGGCGGCGGCCGGCGGGCUGCACGAGUUCGCCGACUCCCAGUUCGGACACUGCUUCUCCUGGGGGGAGAACCGCGAGGAGGCCAUCUCCAACAUGGUGGUGGCCCUCAAGGAGCUGUCCAUCAGAGGGGACUUCCGGACCACGGUGGAGUACCUCAUCAAGCUGCUGGAGACCGAGUGCUUCCAGUCCAACAGCAUCGACACCGGCUGGCUGGACCGCCUCAUCUCGGAGAAGAUGCAGGCGGAGCGACCGGACACCAUGCUGGGCAUCGUCAGCGGGGCUCUCCACGUGGCCGACGUCAAACUCCGGAACAGCGUCUCCAACUUCCUGCACUCCCUGGAGAGGGGCCAGGUCCUCCCCGCCCACACCCUGCUCAACACGGUGGGGGUGGAGCUGAUCUACGAGGGCACCAAGUACGCGCUGACGGUGACGCGGCAGUCGCCCAACUCCUACGUGGUGAUCAUGAACAGCUCGUCGGCCGAGGUGGACGUCCACCGGCUCAGCGACGGGGGGCUGCUGCUGUCCUACGACGGCAACAGCUACACCACCUACAUGAAGGAGGAGGUGGACAGGUACCGCAUCACCAUCGGCAACAAGACGUGUGUGUUUGAGAAGGAGAACGACCCCACGCUGCUGCGCUCGCCGUCCGCCGGGAAGAUCAUGCAGUACACGGUGGAGGACGGGGGGCACGUGUUCUCAGGACAGUGCUACGCCGAGAUAGAGGUGAUGAAGAUGGUGAUGACCCUGACGGCGGCCGAGUCGGGGUGCAUCCACUACGUGAAGCGGACGGGGGCGGCGCUGGAGACGGGCUGUGUCAUCGCCAAGCUGCAGCUGGACGACCCCAGCAGGGUGCAGCAGGCUGAGCUCCACACGGGGGUCCUGCCUGUGAUCCAGGCGGUGGCGCUGCGGGGGGAGAAGCUGCACCGCGUGUUCCACAGCACCCUGGACCACCUGCUGCACAUCAUGAACGGCUUCUGCCUCCCAGAGCCCUUCUUCAGCAUCAAGCUGAAGGAGUGGGUGGAGCGUCUGAUGAAGACCAUGCGGGACCCCUCCCUGCCGCUGCUGGAGCUGCAGGACAUCAUGACCAGCGUGUCGGGUCGCAUCCCGCCCGCCGUGGAGAAGUCCAUCAAGAAGGAGAUGGCCCAGUACGCCAGCAACAUCACCUCCGUGCUCUGCCAGUUCCCCUCCCAGCAGAUCGCCAACAUCCUGGACAGCCACGCCGCCACCCUGAACCGCAAGGCGGACCGGGAGGUGUUCUUCAUGAACACGCAGAGCAUCGUGCAGCUGGUGCAGAAGUACCGCAGUGCGAUCCGGGGCCACAUGAAGGCGGUGGUGAUGGACCUGCUCCGUCAGUACCUGAAGGUGGAGGUGCAGUUCCAGAACGGGCACUACGAUAAGUGCGUGUUCGCCCUGCGUGAGGAGAACAAGGGAGACAUGUCCAACGUGCUGAACUACAUCUUCUCCCACGCCCAGGUCACCAAGAAGAACCUGCUGGUCACCAUGCUCAUUGACCAGCUGUGCGGUCGUGACCCCACCCUGACUGACGAGCUGAUGGCCAUCCUGACGGAGCUCACCCAGCUCAGCAAGACCACCAACGCCAAGGUGGCGCUGCGAGCCCGCCAGGUGCUGAUCGCGUCCCACCUGCCGUCCUACGAGCUGCGCCACAACCAGGUGGAGUCCAUCUUCCUGUCCGCCAUCGACAUGUACGGCCACCAGUUCUGCAUCGAGAACCUCCAGAAACUCAUCCUGUCGGAGACGUCCAUCUUUGACGUGCUGCCCAACUUCUUCUACCACAGCAACCAGGUGGUGAGGAUGGCAGCGCUGGAGGUGUACGUGCGCAGGGCUUACAUCGCCUAUGAGCUCAACAGCGUUCAGCACCGGCAGCUCCGCGACAACACCUGCGUGGUGGAGUUCCAGUUCAUGCUGCCCACCUCUCAUCCCAACAGAGGGAACAUCCCCACACUCAACAGGAGACUGUCCGUCCCCAUACUGGACGGCAGGAGGGCGUCGGAGGGUAAAUUGCGGAGCAUACAGCAGUAUGUUAGCAUAGACGAGGCUAACGCGGAUAAGGAGACUGAGUCAGACGCAGACAGGAUGUCCUUCUCCUCCAACCUGAACCACUACGGCAUGGUGCACAUGUCCAGUGUGAGCGACGUCCUGCUGGACAACUCCUUCACCCCGCCCUGCCAGCGUAUGGGCGCCAUGGUGGCCUUCCGCUCCUUCCAGGAGUUCACCAAGUCAGUGAACAUCGGAGACGUUCUGAGCUGCUUCUCGGACUCCCCGCCCCCCAGCCCCACCUUCCCCGAGGGGGGGAACCCGGUCCUGUACGGGGAGGACGACGUCAAGAGCAUCGUGGACGAGCCCAUCCACAUCCUGAACGUGGCCAUCAAGACGGACAGCGACAUCGAGGACGACGGGCUGGCCGCCAUGUUCCGGGAGUUCACCCAGUCGAAGAAAUUGCUGCUGUUCGAGCACGGCAUCCGAAGGCUGACCUUCCUGGUGGCGCAGAAGGACUUCAGAAAGCAGGUCAACUGUGAGGUGGACCAGAGGUUCCAUAGAGAGUUUCCGAAGUUCUUCACGUUCCGAGCGAGAGACAAGUUCGAGGAGGACCGUAUCUACCGCCACCUGGAGCCUGCGCUGGCCUUCCAGCUGGAGCUGAACCGCAUGAGGAACUUCGCUCUGACGGCCAUCCCCUGCGCCAACCACAAGAUGCACCUGUACCUGGGCGCCGCGCGCGUGGAGCAGGGCAUCGAGGUCACCGACUACCGCUUCUUCGUCCGCGCCAUCAUCCGCCACUCGGACCUCGUCACCAAGGAGGCCUCCUUCGAGUACCUCCACAACGAGGCGGAGCGUCUGCUGCUGGAGGCCAUGGACGAGCUGGAGGUGGCCUUCAACAACACCACCGUCAGGACCGACUGCAACCACAUCUUCCUCAACUUCGUCCCCACCGUCAUCAUGGACCCCUCCAAGAUCGAGGAGUCCGUGCGCUCCAUGGUGAUGCGUUACGGCAGCCGCCUCUGGAAGCUGCGGGUGCUGCAGGCCGAGCUGAAGAUCAACAUCCGCCUGACGCCGACCGGCCACCAGAUCCCCAUCCGCCUCUUCCUCACCAACGAGUCGGGCUACUACCUGGACAUCAGCCUGUACAAGGAGGUCACCGACUCCAGGACGGGACAGGUGGGGCCCAAAGACCGACAGAUCAUGUUCCAGGCCUACGGGGACAAGCAGGGCCCGCUGCACGGCAUGCUGAUCAACACGCCCUACGUCACCAAGGACCUGCUGCAGUCCAAGCGCUUCCAGGCCCAGAGCCUGGGCACAACCUACGUCUACGACUUCCCCGAGAUGUUCAGACAGGCCCUGAAGAAGCACUGGGCCUCCUGCAGUGCCUUCGCCGACCUGCCCAAGUGCCCUCUGCCCUCUGAGCUGCUGACCUUCACCGAGCUGGUUCUGGACCCCCAGGGCCAGCUGGUGCAGAUGAACCGGCUGCCUGGCGGCAACGAGAUCGGCAUGGUGGCGUGGCGGAUGACCAUGCGCACGCCGGAGUACCCGUCGGGUCGCGAGGUGGUCGUCAUCAGCAACGACAUCACGCACAAGAUCGGCUCCUUCGGGCCGCAGGAGGACGUCCUGUUCCUGCAGGCGUCGGAGAUGGCGCGUGCCGACGGCAUCCCGCGGGUCUACAUCGCCGCCAACAGCGGCGCCCGCAUCGGCCUGGCCGAGGAGAUCAGGCACAUGUUCCACGUGGCGUGGCAGGACCCCGCCGACCCCUACAAGGGCUUCAAGUACCUGUACCUGACCCCCCAGGACUACAAGAAGGUCUCAGCGCUGAACUCAGUGCAGUGUGAACACGUGGAGGACGAAGGGGAAUCCAGGUACAGGAUCACAGACAUCAUCGGUAAGGAGGAGGGUUUGGGGGUGGAGAACCUGAAGGGCUCUGGGAUGAUCGCUGGAGAGUCGUCCCUGGCCUACGACGAGAUCAUCACCAUGAACCUGGUGACGUGCCGGGCCAUUGGCAUCGGGGCGUACCUGGUGCGUCUGGGCCAGAGGACCAUCCAGGUGGACAACUCCCACAUCAUCCUGACCGGUGCGGGCGCGCUCAACAAGGUUCUGGGCAGCGAGGUGUACACGUCAAACAACCAGCUGGGGGGGAUCCAGAUCAUGCACAACAACGGUGUGACCCACUCCACCGUGUGCGAUGACUUCGAGGGCGUCUUCACCCUCCUGCAGUGGCUGUCCUACAUGCCCAAGACUAACGCCAGCCCGGGGCCCAUUCUCAGCGCCAAGGACCCCAUCGACCGGCUGAUCGAGUUCAUCCCCACCAAGGCCCCCUACGACCCCCGCUGGAUGCUGUCCGGACGCCCCAGUCAGUCCCCUAAGGGCUCCUGGCAGAGUGGUUUCUUCGACCAGGGCUCCUUCAUGGAGAUCAUGCAGCCGUGGGCCCAGAGCGUGGUGGUGGGCCGCGCCCGGUUGGGAGGAAUCCCUACCGGAGUGGUUGCCGUGGAGACCAGGUCGGUAGAGCUGACCAUCCCAGCUGAUCCGGCCAACCUGGACUCUGAGGCCAAGGUCAUCCAGCAGGCGGGCCAGGUGUGGUUCCCCGACUCGGCCUUCAAGACGGCCCAGGCCAUCAAGGACCUGAACCGCGAGGGCCUGCCUCUCAUGGUGUUCGCCAACUGGAGGGGCUUCUCCGGGGGCAUGAAGGACAUGUACGACCAGGUGCUGAAGUUCGGGGCGUACAUCGUGGAUGGGCUGCGGGAGUACCGGCAGCCCGUGCUGGUGUACAUCCCCCCCCAGGCGGAGCUCCGCGGGGGGUCCUGGGUGGUCAUCGACCCCACCAUCAACCCCCGCCACAUGGAGAUGUACGCUGACAAGGACAGCCGGGGCGGCGUUCUGGAGGCCGAGGGCACGGUGGAGAUCAAGUUCAGGAGGAAGGACCUGGUGAAGACCAUGAGGAGGGUGGACCCCGUCUACACCGGCCUGUCCGAGCGGCUGGGGACCCCCGAGCUGAACCCCGUCGAGAGGAAGGAGCUGGAGGGCAAGCUGAAGGAGCGCGAGGAGUUCCUGCUGCCCAUCUACCACCAGGUGGCGGUGCAGUUCGCCGACCUCCACGACACGCCCGGACGCAUGCAGGAGAAGGGCGUCAUCACGGACAUCCUGGAGUGGCCGACCUCGCGGCAGUUCUUCUACUGGCGUCUGCGGCGGCUCCUGCUGGAGGACACGGUGAAGGGCAAGAUCCACGCGGCCAACAACGAGCUUACCGACGGACAGGUGCAGGCCAUGCUACGGCGCUGGUUCGUCGAGGCCGAGGGCACCGUCAAGGCCUACCUGUGGGAUGAUAACGAGGAGGUGGUUGAUUGGCUGGAGAGGCAGCUGGCGGAGGAGGAGGGGGCGCGGUCUGUCGUCGACGAGAACAUCAAGUACAUCCGCAGAGACCACAUCCUCAAGCAGAUACGCAGCCUGGUCCAAGCCAACCCUGAGGUUGCCAUGGAUUCUAUCGUCCACAUGACCCAGCACAUCUCCCCCACGCAGCGGGCCGAGGUCGUACGCAUCCUGUCCACCAUGGAGACCUCGUCCUCCACCUAGAGGGGCCGAGAGACCCCCUCCCUCUCCCUCGCUCUCUUCC